AUGUUGAGUCCAACUCGAUCAUCAGCACAAACAAUUCUUAAAGCAGUUGUUACAACAGCUUCAACAGUAAUUCAAGAAAGUACACGUACAAUUACUGAGCAAAAAGAAGAAUCAAUUGAUGCUGAUGAUAGUGAACCAUCAAAAAAGAAAUUUAAAGAUGAUACUGAAGUUGAAGUCGAAACUUCAGUUACAACGCAAACAACAACAACAACAACUCAAAUUCGACCACGACCACUCAAAAAACGAAAAGUUUGUGUUUCAUUUGGUUAUUGUGGUGCUGGUUACUUUGGUCUUCAACGUAAUGCAAAAGAUAAAGUACAUCGAACAAUUGAAGAUGAAUUAGUUGAAGCACUUGUUAAAGUUGAUGCGAUACCGCAAGCACAUGCUGAUGAUAUGUCAAAAAUGGCAUUUCAACGAGCAGCACGAACUGAUAAAGGUGUUUCAGCUGUAGCUAAUCUUGUUUCAUUAAAAUUAUCUCCAUUAGAAAAUCUUACUGAACUUGUUAAUGAACAAUUACCUAAACAAAUACGAAUGUUUGGUGUUAAACGUGUUGCUGCUAGUUUUAAUAGCAAAAAUAGUUGUGAUGCACGAACAUAUAUUUAUAUUUUACCAACUUAUGCAUUUUGUCCUAUUGAAGAGAUUACUAGUGAAUCAUAUCGAGUUACAUCUGAAAUUUUACAAUUAAUAAAAGAUGUAUCAAAUGAAUAUCUUGGUUCACAUAAUUUUCAUAAUUUUACAUCUGGUAAAAAAUUUACGGAUCCAUCAGCUCGACGACAUAUUUUUUCAAUUAAUAUUGCUGAUCCAUUUAUAGAAGAAAAUGUUGAAUUUACUAUAAUUACAAUUAAAGGUCAAAGUUUUAUGUUACAUCAAAUACGAAAAAUGAUUAGUCUCAUUAUUGCUAUUGUUCGUGGUAUUGCUAGUCGAGAUACAAUUCAACAAGCAUACAAUGCUGAUAAAAUUGAUGUACCAAAAGCACCACCACUUGGUCUUGUACUUGAAAAACUUCAUUAUGAUCGAUAUGAUAAAAAAUUUGGAAAAGAUGGUCAACAUGAAGCAUUAACAUGGGAACAAGCUGAAACUGAAAUAAAAAAAUUUAAAGAAGAUAUUAUUAUUCCACACAUCAUCAAAAAAGAAAUCACCGAUAAAUCUAUGUUUUCAUGGCUUUUUUUCGGUCCGAUGCUUUCACGCUAUGAACAUACCAGUCCAUAUUUCUCGAUUGUUACUUAUAUUAUUCCCACAUUACUCGGACGUCUACGUCAUUUACCUUUUGUGCAAAAAAUACUCGAUAAUACUUUAAUGAAUGAGUUGGACGAUGAUGAUGAUGAAAAUGGCGGUGAUGAAUAA